AAUUAAAACUCGUUUUGAAAAAGUCAUCAUUAUGUAAAAACAAAUAGUAUUUGCAAGAUCAAGAAUGUGACAAUAACAAUGUCAGAACUAAACGUAUAGUUAAAUUAAAUUAUAAUUACUUAAUUAAAAACAGUAAGUUAAAAAUGUCACCAACGAGAGCAGCCGGUUUAGUAAUAUAUAAAAAAAGUAAUCAAAUAAUAAAUUUUCUUUUACUUCAAACUUCAUAUGGAGAACAUCACUGGACUCCUCCAAAAGGCCAUGUUGAUCCUGGAGAAUCUGACUGGAUUACUGCAUUAAGAGAGACCAAAGAAGAGGCAGGCCUAUCAGAAAAUGAAUUGGAGAUAUACAAAGACAUUUCUAAAACCCUAAAUUAUCAAGUCAAAGGUAAACCAAAAGCCGUUGUGUAUUGGUUAGCCCAAGUAAAAGACCCUGAUCAGAAUGUGAUUCUGUCUAAUGAGCACCAGGAUUUCAAAUGGCUUCCUUUAGAACAAGCUCAGGAAAUAUCAGGGUUUCAAGAUAUGAAGAAUCUGCUUGCUGAGUUUCAUGAAAAGGCUCUUAAAAUUGUGUAAUAUUUGUUUAGUUUUGAAAUGCAAUAAUAAAUUAAAUAAUAAUUAAUUAAAAUAAAAAACAUCCUGUAAAAAGAUAAUUAAUAGUAAUUAUUUUAACCAUCACAAUUUUCAUUAGACAAUGUAAUUUCCCUCCUCAGAUCAUAAAUUGUUUUCUAAUCGCU